GAGCCCUCCUUCGCAGAUGCAUUUUGUGAAGUGGCAGCCUAGAUUUGGAAGGGCGAGCUGUGACUGCAGAUCCACCCAUGCUGUGAAGCCAAGUGAGCAUAUAGCCCCAAACGAAGAAUGAAAUCCUCAAAGAUGUAUUGCUGACCUUGAACAUCAUCCCACUUGAAAGUCACAGGGAAGCUCAGCCAUCAGUAUGUCCAAGUACAAACUUAUUAUACUGAGACAUGGAGAGGGUGCUUGGAAUAAGGAGAACCGAUUUUGUAGCUGGGUAGAUCAGAAACUUAACACCGAAGGAUUAGAGGAAGCUCGGAAUUGUGGGAAGCAACUCAAAGCACUAAACUUUGAGUUUGAUCUUGUGUUCACAUCCAUCCUUAAUCGGUCCAUUCACACAGCCUGGCUGAUCCUGGAAGAGUUGGGGCAGGAAUGGGUCCCUGUGGAAAGCUCCUGGCGUCUAAAUGAGCGUCACUAUGGGGCCUUGAUUGGGCUCAACAGGGAGAAAAUGGCUUUGAAUCAUGGUGAAGAACAAGUGAGGCUGUGGAGAAGAAGCUACAGUGUGACCCCACCUCCCAUCGAGGAGUCACAUCCCUACUACCAUGAAAUCUACAAUGACCGGAGGUAUAAGGUAUGCGAUGUUCCCUUGGAUCAGCUGCCACGAUCUGAAAGCUUAAAGAAUGUUCUGGAGAGACUUCUUCCUUACUGGAAUGAAAGGAUUGCUCCUGAAGUACUGAAAGGCAAAACCAUUCUGAUAUCUGCUCAUGGAAAUAGCAGUAGAGCGCUCCUGAAACAUCUGGAAGGUAUCUCAGAUGAAGACAUCAUCAACAUUACUCUACCUACUGGAGUCCCCAUUCUCCUGGAGCUGGAUGAAAAUCUGUGUGCUGUUGGGCCUCACCAGUUUCUGGGGAACCAAGAGGCCAUCCAGGCAGCCAUUAAGAAAGUGGAUGAUCAAGGAAAAGUGAAACAAGCCAAAAAAUAAAGAUUUUUCAACAUGAUGGCUGGCCAGGAAUAGAUGUGCCAUGCAUUGUGUUAUGGGUGCUGAUUUCUCUCUUUUUCCCCUGAAUUUUCAGAUAUUUCCAAGGCUAGGUAGUAGAAUCUGUGUAAACUUAUCUUGGCCCAGAUAAUACUUAAGAAUGCAUAAGUGCUUAUGUCAUAAACCUUACGGGUUAGCUUUCCUGCUAGUCCUGUUUGAACUAGUCACUAAACUAAUAACCAGUGGGGUUUAAUCAGGGUUGUUUUGUUAGUUUCUGAGAUGGGAGAGUGACAAAUUUAGAUAAAGUUUAAGGUAUUCAUUCAAUAAAUCAUUCAGACACCAACAGGAACUAUACCAAUAGGUAGUUCAUGUUUUUUAUUUCAUAAGACUUUCUAAAAUGAUAGUAAGGAUUAUUAGAUAAUGUACAAUACAUAUAAAUAUUUAUUACUAGUCUUUUCCUUUAGGAAAAGGAAUGCUUUGGUAGUUAAGACCAGCAGCCCAUUAAAUGGGAAAGUCACAGAUGGUUUCUUCAAGAAGGCUGACCAACAUUCUAACAAGACCCUUUCUCAAGUCCAGAGUCAUCCUUUGUUUGACAUUCAGUAGAAUUCUUCAGCCACUAGAAUGAGCUGUGGUUGUUUAUGAUCCAUUUGUUUUGUUUUUUGAACUUUAACCUUUGGGUACUUACAGUUGGUUUAAAAAUAAAAUUCUGUGACUGAAAAUGGCC